AUGAUGGAAUCCGUCAUUGGCGGGAGAGCUGACCGAGUGAUAUGCCUAUGGCGCUGUACGGAUUUCAUAUCCUCAAGGGGACAAUCAUAUGUCAUUUUUGCCUCCGAGCAUCAUCCGCGGAUACAGAAGCUCUUCAACUGUUCUGAAUAUUCAUGCAACAACGACGGAUUCGAUCCCGCGACGCAUGAACCCAAAUCAAGCACAAUGCAGUCAUUUCCCAAACCAAGCACAUUGCAGUCAUUUCGGCAGCACCGCAGGAUCCGCAGGAAGCUGGAGCAACAAUUUGUUACAAGACAUGAGAAGCCCGAAGAUGUCUGGACCCACGAGGGCCAGUACGGUUACCGCGAAGGAGAGAUCUACACGCAUCCUCGCGAGCGCGGUGAUGACUUGGCUGCCGAACAAAGGAGGGAGCAUGGCCAUCGUACUUCUAUAUCUGGGCCGUCUCUUGAACCUCGCCAUAGCACUCGAUCACAUCUGGGGCGGGAAGGAGAUAUCGAGGGCGCGGAGUAUGAUCCGGAACUCGCAACCGAUCCGCAUACCAUCAACUCAGCAGAGACACUGGGAAACACGGCUGAUAUUAUGGUGACUGGCGUCGAAAGACCCCGGCCCGGUGCUGCGGCGGAUAGUGAAUCUGAUAUUGAGUCAGCGAAAAGGAAUAAACUCAUUAUCGUCACAUAUGAAGGUGAGACUGACGAAAUGGAUCCUCACAACUGGACACUGAGACGUCGAAUGUUGGUGACUCUUGUCACUUCACUUAUGGCAUCUGUGGCCUUCUGGUCGUCCACGAUUGAUACCACUGCUCUCGUAAUAAACAGGAAAUUGUUUCAUACCAGCUUUGAGGUCCAGACUUUGCCGACUGCUAUGUUCCUAAUUGGUCUUGGACUAGGCGCAUUGAUAACAGCGCCUAUAUCAGAAGUCGUCGGACGCAACGUUGUGUACAUCCCCACCAUGAUCGGGUUCAUGUUGUUCAACAUGGGGGCAGGCCUUUCCCAAACAAUAGUACAACAAGUCGUUUGCCGCGGCCUAGCUGGCUUCUUCGGGUCUGCCCCGGCAGUUCUAUCAGCAGCAACCCUCGUGGACGUCUGGUCACGCACUGAACGAGUCUACAGCUACCCGUUAUAUUCGAUAAUGACCUUCAUUGGGCCAUUGGUGGGCCCAACACCAGGAGCAUUCGCCGUCAAUUCGGGAUCGGUAAGCUGGCGCUGGGUGGACUGGAUGACCAUAAUCCUCGCGGGACUCGUUCUGAUCCCGGUUGUGCUCUGGCUGCCCGAGACUUACAGCCCGAUCCUGCUGUACUGGAAAGCGCAAGAACUCCGCCGCAUGACAGGUGACGACCGGUACCGGUCACCGCUAGAGUUCAGAAAAUCUUCUUUCGCCCAUCGCUUGCGUUCCGCACUAUACCGGCCACUUACGCUUUUUGGGACGGAGCCAAUAAUCAUGAUCCACUCGGCCUACCUCACACUCCUUUUCAUAAUCCUAUACACCUUCCUCGCGGGCUACAUCUCCAUCUAUCAGAUAGCAAACAACUUCCGCCCGACCUCCGUCGCCCUCGCAUUCCUAGGCAUUUUGGUCGGAGUCCUGCUUUCUACACUGACCAUCCCGAUUGUCAUGUGGCUCCUCCGUAGAGAGAUCCACCGCAGCCGUGCAAGGGGCGAACAACGCCCAGACCCAGAGAUCAGUUUGUACAUGGGUAUGUUCGGUGCGCCUGUUAUCCCCAUCUCGCUGUUCUGGAUGGGCUGGACGGCCAGAACUGAAAUCUCGUACUGGAGCCCGCUGGGCGCUUCCGUAUUAUAUGGCUUUGGGACGUCGUGUGUCUUGGUCUCGGGCUACCAGUAUGUCUCCGAUGUGUUCGAGUCACAUGCUACAAGCGCGCUUUCCGCUCUUCAGAUGACGCGGCUUGCUGGUGCCGGUGUGGUAGCUAUUUUCGGGGACAUUAUUUACAAUGAUCUUGGCAUUGGAUGGACAUUGACUAUCUGGGGUUGCCUUUCGGUGUUGUUUAUGCCCGUGCCUUAUGUGCUCUACUGGAAGGGGUAUAAAAUCCGUCAAUGGAGUUGGUAUUCACGCAGGCAUGAACAUGACUGA